CAGAAGAGAAUCAUACUAAACAAAUUUUAAAUACGUAACUAGUUUAAGAGAAAAAGUUUACUGUACACAAGAGUCUAUAAAUAUACAAUAAGUUGAUGUAAGAAAAAAAAAGUGUUUAAGAAGUGUCUCCGAAGAUAACGGUGUGCUCUUAACUGAUAACCACGACACACCCAGCCGUAAACUUUAUGUUCCUUAUCUCCUACUAUCCUUUAUUAAACUUUUAUAAUUUUCACAAGAGGGUAAAUGUGUUUUCCGCAUUGGAGACGGCAGCGAAAGGAAAUUAAAGCCCCUCCCCACGCCCCCCACCCUGCAGCCCCGUGUCCCCCCCGCUGCCGGGGAGCCCCUUGGAUGCGGCUCUUCCACCUUUCCGGAAGACUUUCCCAUUUCAUCCAUCCCACAUCCCAAAAGCGCUGCCUGGGGGGCUCUGCCCCGCCCAGCUCACCUGGAGGGUGGGAUUGCAGGUGCCUGUGCCAGCCAGCGCCGCGCAGGUCCUGGGCUCCGCCUUGGAGCCACCCUCCCGCGGUGCCGGAGCCACCCGCGCUCCUCAUCCCGGGAGGAAGGCUGCCUGUUAAAAACCCGUGGGCUCUCCAUCCCAGCCCGGCCUGUGGGAUAACCGCAUGCCCCGGGGCUGUAAUUUCCCAGGUUUAUAUUUAGCGGAGCAGGGAUAUAAAAGGGGAUGCUGCCGGAGCCGCGGCUGUCCCUCUCGGCGCCCAUGGACACCUCGUACCCGCGGGACGAGCGGCCAAGCCCCAAGCGGGGGCCGCCCCCCGCGCCCCGCGACCACCUGCUCUGGGCCAUCUUCAACACCCUCUACAUGAACUUCUGCUGCCUGGGCUUCGUGGCGCUCGCCUUCGCCGUCAAGGCUCGGGAUCGGAAAGUGUCCGGGGACGUGGAAGCUGCUCGGCACUUCAGCUCCAAGGCGCGGUGCUACAACGCCCUGGCCACGGCGGGCAGCGUGGUGCUGCCACUGCUGCUCGGUGCCCUCAUUGUCACCGGUGUCAUCCACCUCUCCAAGCUGGCCCACGAGUCCGUCGGCUUCUUCACCUACCAGUUCAGCGGCAGCGACGACGAGGACCAGUGACCCGGGUGAAGGCUGGUGGCACCUCCUCUGCGUCGCUGGUGGCCCCCCCAAAAGGCCACCACCCCCGUCGGCCACCGCACUGCCCAACCCCAGUUAUUUUGUUUAUCCUGUGGCAUUUUUCGCCUCCUGUUAUCCCGUGUGGAGCCCCAGCUUCUGUGCUCGCUGUUCAAAUCAUUAAACGCUUCACACAGCGCGAAUUUCUGUGCGUGGGAAGGGGCAGGGGGGUGCCAAAGGGAAAACAUAAAUUGGGGAUUUUGGCUCUGAUGGGGCUCCCGGCAGCCAGGAGACACCAUUGUUCCCACAGCCCUUAGGGCCACCUUUGGCCCCAGGAUGGCGGAGGGGAGGAAGCAGAGAUGUUCCUGGGCCUCUGGGAUGAAGCAAAGGGGGUGUCCCCUCCCCUCCCCGCCCCGCCCCAAAUGGAGCUGAGACCUGCAAACUCAUUACAGCAACACCGACAUCCCCAGCCAGUCCCAGCCAGGACAGCGGGCAGCUGGGAAGCACUCCCAGUGCUCCCUGCUCUCCGUGCCUGGGCUGGAGACAGCUCAUUUUGGGACUAAAGGACCCCUUUUUGGAGGCUAAACCCCCUUUACUGCCAACCAGCCGUGGCUCAGCCAGGGCUGUAUCCCAGCCCCAUGCCAAUCCCAAUCCCGGUGCAGCGCACAGGGCUGGGGACAGCACGGUCCCUUUGUCGUGCCAAGAGCUGCCGCUAAUUAGGGGCGGCUCUGAUGAGGCUGGAGCAGGACCCGAGUAAUUACAGAGCAGCGGGACAGUCCCUGCUCCAGCCCUAAGCAUUCCCAGCUGCCUCGGGGCCCGGAGCAGCCGCGGGGCUUUUUAUAAACCGGGCCGAGAUUCCUGGGGUUGGCUUGGCCAGGACAGACCCCUCGGGGCAGGGAACGCCUUCGGCAUUCCCUGCUCCCACCCAGGGCUGCUCGGCACCGGGACGGGGAGGGGACGAGGCUGUGCAGCCCAGAGCCAGGGGCUGGGGGUACCGUGCCCACCCUGGGCAGGCACCGGAAUUCCUUGGGAUUCCUGGAACACCAUAAACCGCGCCCCAGAGCAAACCCAGAGCAGGCACGGGAAAACGCUGCCCGUGUCACCAUCUGA